AUGUCUCCCUCAGUGGACCGGCUGCUGAGCCCCUCGUACCGCCGGCUGACCCCCCUGGAGGAGCAGCUGAAGGAGCUGCUGGAGAAGCUGGACCUGAGCACGGCCAUGAAGCACAGCCCGUCCCGCAGCAAGAGGCUCAAGCUGCUCAAGAAGACCAUCAUGGAGGUGCGCAGCGAGAUGAGCCUCAAGACGACACCAGCGACGGCCCCCAAGCCUGACUCGUCAGAAUCAGAGGAGAAACAACUACCUGAGCCCCCGGCAGAGCCUUGCUCCCCUCCCGAGAAAAAGCCUUCCCCUUCGCCCACGUUAGAGCUGUUAGCGUCGCUGUCGCACUUCCACUCGUCGUCUGGUGACUCGAAACCUCUGGACUCCGUCAAACCCGGCGUCCCCAUGGAGCUCGACGGCGACACAUCUACCUCAGAGUCCCCCAGCAGGCCCAACGGACACGCCCCCGACCCGCCUCUCUCCAACGGCGACAUCCACACCAAAGCCUCUGGCGCCUGCAACCGACGCAACAACAACGUCUUCUUCCGCAAGUCCAAGAGCGCCAGCCCCCAGAAACCUCACAAGACUCAGGGGGCGUCCGUGGUGUCGCCGCUCGGUGCCAAAACCUUCCUGUCGGUGGUGAUCCCUCGCCUGGAGACGCUGCUGCUGCCCAAGAAGAGGAGACGCAGCAGCAGCGCCGACGGAGACGAGGAGGACGAGGAGUCGCCGAUAAAACGCCUCGGCACAGGCAUAGCCAACGGUUUUGUGGUGGAGGAAGAAGGGGAAAUCUCUCCGUCUCCACGACUGCUGGAGCCUCGGCGCCGCUGUGCCUCCGAGUCGAGCAUCUCCUCCAGCGGGAGCGUCCUCUGCAGCACCAGCACCGUCAUCGUGUCUAAAAGCGGUAAAGGGCGGUCGCCGGCGGCUCGACGGAGCACGGUGGACGACAAGAGCACUCUGAUGACCUGCAUCGAGAACGGGGAGUUCCCCAAAGCUGCCAAAGUGUCUCCAGGUGAGCCGAGCACCGUCCGUCUGUCCGUCUGCAUGAAACCGCACGGCACGCUUUCCACCCCCUGAUCUACUCAUUAAAGACUCUCUGUAAAUAUCCUAACCCUGUUAAUGUGCCGGUGUGUAUUGUUGUUAUUCCCUCACAUCAAUUUCUUUCUACGGUUCCACCUGCGCAAGCCAAUGAGGUUAAAGUCGGUUUGAAUAUAGUUUACCAAACUCACACUGGGUUUCAAACUGAGGUUCAGGGGCCCCUCGAGGUCCUGCAGGAAGUCAGCAGAGACUCAAAGCUGCAGCCCGACAGGAAGUGGUGAAAUAAAAACAGGAAGCAUGUGAUCGAAGUGUUCAGACAGUUGUAGAAUCACAUUAGGACUGCUCAGCCAACAAAAUGGGCGGUUGGCUUGGCAACUGGAAGGUCACCAGUUCAAGUCCCGGCAAGACCGAGUGCUACCGAGGUGUCCC